UGAUUCACUCAGACUUUACAUUUUCAGGAAAGCAACGUAAAUUGACAUUUAUUUCGCGCUCCCUUAAAUUCAGAAAGGGAUUUAAACACAUUCUGAGGAAAUACAAGUGGAUUUUUUCCUGUUGAUGGCCGGAGGAUUGCUGGGCAGUUCAGUGGAUGUUUUAGAAAUGGGUUUUGGAGUAAAAUUCUGCCUCGUGUUCCUGUUACUAAGGGCUCUUUUUACAGACUCCAGUCACAAUAAUCAAGUGGUGCUGUUGGAUACCACAUCUGUUCUGGGAGAGCUGGGAUGGAAAACAUACCCAUUAAAUGGAUGGGAUGCCAUCACAGAAAUGGACGAGCACAACAGACCGAUCCACACCUUCCAGGUCUGCCACGUCAUGGAGCCCAACCAGAACAACUGGCUGAGGUCCAACUGGAUCUCCCGCGAGGCAGCACAGAAGAUCUACGUGGAGUUGCGGUUCACCCUGCGGGACUGCAACAGCAUCCCAUGGGUCCUGGGCACCUGCAAGGAGACUUUCAACCUCUACUACAUGGAGACAGACGAGUCCCACGGCGUCAAGUUUAAACCCAGCCAGUACACCAAGAUCGACACCAUUGCGGCAGACGAGAGCUUCACGCAGAUGGACCUGGGCGACCGCAUCCUCAAGCUGAACACAGAGGUGCGGGAGGUGGGGCCCAUCACCAAGAAGGGCUUUUACUUGGCCUUCCAGGACAUUGGCGCCUGCAUUGCCCUGGUGUCUGUGCGCGUCUACUACAAGAAGUGCCCCUUCACCUUCCGAAACCUGGCCGUGUUCCCGGACACCAUCCCGCGCGUGGAUUCCUCCUCGCUGGUGGAGGUGCGGGGGGCCUGUGUGAGAAACGCGGAGGAAAGAGACACACCCAAGCUGUAUUGUGGUGCGGAUGGGGACUGGCUUGUUCCGCUGGGCCGCUGCGUCUGCAGUGUGGGCUACGAGGAGCUGGAUGGGUCCUGUCUUGCUUGCAGAACCGGGUUCUACAAGGCCUUCGCUGGGAACAUCAAGUGCUCCAAGUGCCCACCCCACAGUUUCAGCUACGACGAGAGCGCCCCGUUCUGCCACUGCGAAAAGGGGUACUUCAGGGCAGAGAAAGACCCCCCGACCAUGGCCUGCACGAGGCCUCCGUCCCCCCCACGGAAUGUCAUCUUCAACAUCAACGAGACCUCUCUGUUCCUGGAGUGGAGCCCGCCCAGCGAUAUGGGCGGCAGGAAGGACCUGACCUACAACGUCCUGUGCAAGAAGUGUGGCCCAGGGCCCCGGGAGUGUGAGCUGUGUGGUGGGGACCUGCGCUUCGUGCCACGGCCCGUGGGCCUGACCAACUCCUCAGUCACGGUGCUGGACUUUACCGCCCACGCCAACUACACCUUUGAGAUCGAGUCCCUCAACGGAGUGUCUGAGUUCAGCUCCUUCCCCCGGCCGGUCACUGCCAUCACCAUCACCACGGACCAGGGAGGCCCCUCUCUGGUAGGAGCAGUCAGGAAAGACUGGGCUUCUCAGAACAGCAUCGCCCUCUCCUGGCAGGAACCAGAAAACCCCAACACAGCCAUUCUGGACUACGAGAUCAAGUACUAUGAAAAGGAACAUGAACAGCUCAGCUACUCCUCGACCCGGUCCAAGGCCCCCAGUGUCAUCAUAACUGGGCUGAAGCCCUCCACUAAAUACGUCUUCCACAUUCGGGCCAGGACCGCCGCAGGUUACAGCAGCUACAGCCCCAAGUUUGAGUACGAAACAGGAGACGAGACUUCUGAUAUGGCCACAGAUCAAGGCCAAGUGCUGGUCAUCACCACAGCUGCGGUGGGCGGAUUCACCCUCCUCGUCAUCCUCACCCUCUUCUUCCUCAUUACGGGACGGUGUCAGUGGUACAUCAAAGCCAAGAUGAAGUCAGAGGAGAAGAGGAGGACUCACCUUCAAAAUGGCCACAUUCGUUUUCCAGGAAUCAAAACCUACAUUGACCCAGACACCUACGAAGACCCGACGCAGGCUGUGCAUGAGUUCGCGAAAGAGAUCGAUCCUUCGCGCAUCCGAAUCGAGAGAGUGAUCGGAGCAGGGGAGUUUGGAGAGGUGUGCAGCGGGCGUCUGCGAACCCCAGGCAAAAGAGAAAUCCCUGUGGCCAUUAAGACACUGAAGGGAGGCUACGUGGAUAGGCAGAGACGGGACUUCCUGAGGGAGGCGAGCAUCAUGGGACAGUUCGACCACCCUAAUAUUAUCCGGCUGGAGGGGGUGGUUACCAAAAGCAGACCGGUAAUGAUUGUGGUUGAAUACAUGGAGAAUGGAUCUUUGGAUUCCUUCCUGCGGAAGCAUGAUGGGCAUUUCACAGUGAUCCAGCUGGUGGGCAUGCUACGGGGCAUUGCCUCCGGGAUGAAGUACCUCUCUGACAUGGGCUACGUGCACCGAGACCUGGCCGCCCGCAACAUUCUGGUCAACAGCAACCUGGUCUGCAAGGUGUCCGACUUCGGGCUGUCCCGCGUGCUGGAGGACGACCCUGAGGCUGCCUACACCACCAGCGGUGGGAAGAUCCCAAUUCGGUGGACAGCCCCAGAAGCAAUAGCCUACAGGAAGUUCUCCUCAGCCAGUGAUGUGUGGAGCUAUGGCAUUGUGAUGUGGGAGGUGAUGUCAUACGGAGAGAGGCCCUACUGGGAGAUGUCCAAUCAGGACGUGAUCUUGUCAAUAGAAGAAGGAUACCGCCUUCCUGCUCCCAUGGGAUGUCCUGUAACCCUGCACCAGCUCAUGCUGCACUGCUGGCAGAAGGAGAGGAGCCACCGGCCCAAGUUCACUGACAUCGUCAGUUUCCUGGACAAGCUCAUCCGUAACCCCAGCAGCCUACAAACGCUUGUGGAGGAUGUGCAAGGUUUGCCAGAAUCCCCUGGAGAUGUCCCAGAAUACCCUUUAUUCAUCUCAAUUGGUGACUGGCUGGACUCCAUUAAAAUGAGCCAGUAUAAAAACAAUUUCAUGGCAGCAGGUUUCACUACCCUGGACUCCGUAACACGGAUGAGCAUUGAUGAUGUCAGGAGGAUUGGCGUCACGCUAAUUGGUCACCAGAGAAGGAUAGUGAGCAGUAUACAGACAUUGAGGCUGCAGAUUCUACACAUGCAGGAGAAGGGCUUUCAUGUAUGAAAUACAGCGGACAGACAGACAGCCCUCUCCUGUGCCUCGGCUUUUUUUUUUUCCAAUAGGAAGACUUUUUUCCUGCAAGUCCUACGGGACGGUCCUGCAAAAGCAACAAACUGUAAACCCUUUGGCACAAUUUUAGAAACAGUAAAACUGGCUUCCUUUCGACUUCCAAUAAAUGAACUCUGUAACCAAGACUGUUUUUAAUGACUGGAAGACAACCAUGCCAAGCAAAGGAGACAUGACUCCUUCAGACUUUUUUACAACAAACUUUGUGGUCAGCUGACGAAGACAAUAAGCCUUGUGGUGGCAACAGUAUUGCUAAGUAUAGAAUUGUAUGGUAAAUUUGGGGAUGUAAUCUACAGAUUUUCUGUUUUUUUCAUGUUUUGUGACCAUGUAGCUGCUAAUAUCAAAUGUGCAAUCAAAGGAUUGUCCUUAAUAUAUUAAUUACUUUAUAGUUUGAUAAGUAAAAGUCAUAAGGUAUUCUUGUUAAGUUAUUGAAAUCUUCCCAGAUUAUCUGGUAUGCUGAUACUUGAAAAACAUGAAGAGCCAAUUUUAGGUAUGAAUUAUUGAAUGUUGUCAACUUUUAAGUGUAUAAUCCAUUUACCGAUUAUUAUCUUAACCUAAUAUUUAUAUGUGUGCGGUCCUGUUUGUGAAAGCCCUAGUAAAUUUUCUGUUUUAUUUCUUUAGUCCUUUAAUUAAUUCAGUUUACUCAGCAAUAUAUGCAGUUAUUAUAAAACAAUUCAAUAACAGAAAUAAAAAUUUUGUUACCAGUUUAACAAAGUCAUAACCGUACAGACAUGUCCACCUCAGGCACUAUGAUUUGAGGGAACUAUGCUAAAAGUCCAGUUUUGUAAAGUUGAAUAGUCUUCAUUCUAACUGAAGCCUUUCGUAGUAUAGUUUCAGUAGCUGUUGAGUGCCCACUCCUCCAAUUGUUUUGUCAUAAAGGGGAGAUCUGACAAUGUGUAGGUUCAGCCAGCGUUCUGAGUGACGGAAAUGGAAUCCAAUCGCAUAUGUUCCUGUACCUGUGAAUGGCCAAUAGUGAGUAGUAACUUUGGAAAUCGUAUAUCCAGAAUACUAAAGAGAAACUGGAGAGGUGAAUUGUGAAAGCCAGUCUGAACAAAGCCAGCGAGACAGGAAGAGAGGUCCCCCAUAGCCUUUCAAAAACGCCUUUCAGGCCCCACAGUAAAAUAACAGAAGCCUUCCCUCCUGUGGACUGAUGUGUGAACUGCAACAUCAUGUAAAGACCUAGUGAUUCUUUGGUUUGAAAAGUCCAGGCACAGCGGAGAACAAGAGAAUUGGGGAUGCUGUAUAUUAAAUGCCAGUUGCCACAUACAAAUGCCAUGCAGCACCCUCAUUCAUGCCUCUUAAUGUGAGACAGUGACAUCUUCCAUUGACAAUGAAAACAUUCAGCACAUGUUCAAACGCACAGCAUGCCUUCCAGGUCGACAGAGUGAGCUGGCCCCAUGCGCUCCAGACUGCUACAACGCUCAAGAUUUGAAGACACAGAAACGGUGUUUAGCAAAUGUUACUGCUGAGCAAUGUAAUGAGAUUUUUUGUACAAAGUACAAGUUACUUAUAAUUCUUGUAUUUUAUUUUUCUAUAAUUUCCAAAGAGGCAUUGUCAGGUCUUACAGACUAUAUACGCCUGUUUAUGAGGAUAUUUAUUAGCAAAUAAAAGUUACAGUUCUGGUGGUUA